CAAGAGCUGGCUGCUCCGACCCGUUGCCGCCGUCCCGGCCGCGCGCACCAGAGCUGGGGCCAUGGUCCAGACUCGCUCGGCGGUCGGCGGGCCCAGCGAGUCCAGCCGCGCGGCCCACCGGCACCGCCCCGGGAGCGAGACGCCCAGCGAGGCCAGCGCCAGGGGGGAGGACAGGGCCAGCAGCGCGCGCAGCAGGGGGCACUCCAGCCUCCACAGCGGCAUGGACCUCGCCUUCGCGGAGCCGCUUCUCGACCCGCGGCUGGAGCGGCCGAAGACUGAGAUAGAGUUCCACCAGCGCGCCAGGUGCGAGCUGUACAAGCUGAUCCACCACACGUGGCCGAACGCGGUCGGGAAGGACCCGGCGCUCAGGCAUACGCACGUGCUGGAGGCGGUGUACCGGCUGAUCUCCUGCAACAAGCGCGACGGGCCCAUCUUCCAGGACGAGUUCUGCGCCAGGUGGUCACCUGUUGAGGGUAUCAAGUGGCUGCUGGAGGUGUGGGAUAAGUUCCCCAACAUCAAGGACGUAGAUGUAUUGGGAGCGCAAGAUCUGAAAAUGCUUCAUGACAAAUUCAGUGAGCGCUACUGGGUCCUCGCCAUCGCGGGGAGACUUAUCGGAACAAGCAGGACGGCCUGCAAGGAGAUCACGAAUUUCUCGCACAGGGGGGUGAAGGGCUAUUUCAUCUUCGACGGGCCCAUCGCGCAGGGCAUGCAGGGCAGCGCGGAGAAGAACGUCUACCGCUGCGCCGUAGGUUGCUUCGACGCGUGGUGCCAUGCCAUGGAGAAGGAGUGGAUACCCGCCCUGGGCCCGCGGGACAUCGGCCGGGUCAGCCGGCUGAUGAAGGUGGUCCAGCGCGGUCGAUCGCGGUCGCAGUCUUCCAACAGCCAGUCUACGGACUCGUCGGAGAGUUCUGGAGCCAAGCCAGGAAUCGGAGGAGGAAAAGGUACCCAUACCGCUACCCUUCCCUCGUUUUCUCCUUUUGGGGCCUCUUGGGCUGCCUUCUUCGCCACCACUGGAUUCGCCUCGAAAUUUUGGUCAGAGCGCACCCCGGGAGAGGUCCAGGGAGUAGCAGUAUCGGUGCCUUUUGCUUUCCCCAAGGGAGGAGCAGGUCCGACAGAUCGGAGCGCUCUUCCAGGAGCGGCAAGGAGAAGAGGGGCUCGCCUGCAGCGAGCGGCGCGGUGAAGAACGGCACGGCGGGCAAUGGCACGACCAAGAACGGUUCUUCCCGCGGGCAGCAUUGAUGAGCCCAAGUCAGGGCAUGUCUUACAGGCCCGUCGCUCUGCGCAGGGGGAGCGAUCGCGGAGUGCUCUCUUGUCCUGAGCAGCUCUGGUAGGGGCGAUAGCAGGUGAGAAGAUGCCUUACGGACUGGCCAGUGAGGCCAGCACAUAUUGCCAUGGCAGAGCCAGGCCCUGUAGUCUCGCCCGUGUCUGUUCAAGUCGUUGGUGAAGUAGUUUCCAGCGGCAAAUCUCGGAUAAGCGCCGCUCGACCAAGGACAGCCCAGAGCCAGUGCGAGGAUUUGGCAAGCCACUUCGCGCCAGAA